AUGGAGGAGAAGUCUGAGAGCACAGCUAUGGAAGAAGGGCAGAAAGCAACAGAUUACUCUUCAAUCCAGACAACAGCUAAGAAGGUGCCCACCUAUUCGGUGCCAUCUACACUAUCUAAUCUUUCAAAGGUUUUGCCCACUGGAGUUCUGUUUGUAUUUGAGGCAUUUUCUAAUCUCAUAGCCAGUGACAAAACCUGUGGAAAGUGGAAUAAGAUUUUGGUGGCAAGUUUCUUGGGCAUUCUGGCAAUUACUUCCUUCAUUUUGUCAUUGACGGACACAUUCAAAGAUGACUCCACAGGCAAAGUUCAGGUUCAUUAUGGAAUUGCCACAAAAACUGGUUUAGUCACUAUAGCCAGCAGCAAGAGUAAAAUUAAGCCUCCGUUGGAGACAGACUAUAAGCUUAAAUUCAUGGAUCUAUUGCACUCAAGUCUGGCAGUUGUGGUUUUCGUUGUUUUGGCUCUUACAGACAAAAAUAUAGUGAACUGUUUGUAUCCCUCGGCUGAAGACAGUAUAAACAAGUUACUAGAAGCUAUGCCUCUUAUUGUGAGUUUUGCAUCUAGUGUGGACACUUUUGAUGAAAUACUGUCAUUUAAGGUUCUAAAGAUAUGUACUAACAUUCCAUCUCUUCCAUCUACUAUUACUUCUAAUGAGACUAGUAUUUUUACAUCCAUGGGUUCUUAUAAUUAUAUUCAAUAG